AGAAGAAAGAAACAGAGAGAGAGAGAGAGAGAGAGAGAGAGAGAAGCACUUUACCACUUUUAUACGCAGAAGCAGCACGCAUCCAUCUUAACAAAAACACAAACUACAAACAAAGUGUGUUGUGUUUGUUGUUCAACACAAACCAGCAACAACAUUAGAAACUCUCUCUCUCUCUCUCUCUCACACACACACAUUCAUUCAUGUCUUUCUCUAUUCACUUCUUCAACUCCAUUAACAACAAUCUCAACAUGUCACACAACAUCACACAAAACAACAAACUUUAAGAUGAAGGACAUGCCCUUACCUUUUGAGGAAUUUCAAGUGAAGGGAGGAGUGUUAGAUUAUUUCUCUUCAUCUUCAAAUUCAGCUUCAGAUUCAUUUUCAUUGCUUUUGAAUCAACCACAAGAGCAACAAAAUCAACAAAAUUGGACAUUGGUUAAAGAAGAUUAUUGCUAUGUGGAGCCCACUUCUGUUCUUGAUUCAAGAAGAAGCCCUAGUCCUCCAAUUUCAUCUUCAACAAUGUCAUCUUCUCUUGGUAGUGGUAGUAAUAAUGGUAAUAGUUCAAACAAUAACAACACUUCAAUGGUAGUUGUUUCUGAGAAUCUUGCUCCUAAUCUUUCAAAUGAAGAAAGUUUGGAGAAUAGUGGUGAAAAAUGUGAUGGUAUGAGAAUGGAGGAUUGGGAGGGACAAGAUCAGUCACUUUUAAGGUUAAUUAUGGGAGAUGUUGAAGACCCUUCUGUUGGAUUGAACAAAAUCUUGCAAAAUAGUGGUGCUGGUUCUCAGAAUGUUGAUUUUCAUGGUGGUUUUGGUGUUUUGGAACAUCAACAAGGUUUGAAUAAUAACAACAUGGAAGGUUCUGUUCAACAAGGGAAUUACAAUGUUUUUCCUUUCAUGUCUGAAAACAUAGAUAGCCAUAAUGCUAAAUCUGGUCCUGAAUCUAUGUUUGGUAACUAUCCUAUGCUGACAUCGUCAUCAACUUCUGGUGUGUUUUGUUCUCAGCAGCAACAGAAUCAAGAGUUUGGUGUUGUUGAUGAUAAGCCUCAAGUUAUUAACCCUAAUUUUAUGAUGAACCAUAAUCAAGUUCAAUUCUCGGAGAAUCCUUCGUUCUUUGUUCCAUUGCCAUAUCCUCAUGUGCAAGAGCAACAGGUUUUCUCUCAGAGUCAGUUGAAACGACCGCUUUUCGACGCUGUUGGGAACAAUUAUUCUGUACCGAAGUUACCGCUUUUGGAUUCUGGCCAAGAAAUGUUUGCUAGGAGGCAUCAGCAACAAACACAGCUUCCAUUGUUUCCUCAUCAACAUCUGCAGCAGCAUGAACAACAACAGCAAUCAUCGGUUGUUCCGUUUACGAAGCAGCAGAAGGUGAGUUCUACUAUUGCCGGAGACGACGCAAGCAACCAGCUUCAGCAGAGUAUAUUUGAUCAACUAUACAAAACUGCUGAGCUGAUAGAAGCUGGUAAUCCGGUUCAAGCGCAAGGGAUAUUGGCGCGGCUCAAUCACCAGCUCUCACCAAUUGGUAAGCCUUUUCUAAGGGCUUCUUUCUAUGCGAAGGAAGCCUUACAGUUAAUGCUUCAUUCGAACGGUAACAAUCUCAAUGCUUUUUCACCGAUUAGUUUCAUAUUCAAAAUCGGAGCUUACAAGUCUUUUUCCGAGAUAUCGCCUGUUCUUCAGUUCGCCAACUUUACUUGUAAUCAAGUCCUAAUUGAAGCCUUGGAAAGGUUCGACCGAAUUCACAUUGUUGAUUUCGAUAUAGGGUUUGGAGUACAAUGGUCUUCUUUUAUGCAAGAGCUUGUGUUAAGAGGUAAUGGUAUACCUUCACUUAAGAUUACUGCUGUUGUAUCGCCCUCGUCUUGCAAUGAGAUUGAGCUCAAUUUCACCCAAGAGAAUCUGAGUCAGUAUGCGAAAGACCUCAACAUGCCGUUUGAGUUCCGUAUUUUGAACAUGGAAUUCUUGAACUCUCCGUCGUUUCCUCAACCAGCUCAUUUCUUUGAUAGUAACGAGGCGAUUGGUGUGAACUUCCCUGUUUCAAGUUUUAUAGGUUAUCCAUCAUCUUUCCCUUUGGCCCUUCACUUUGUCAAGCAAUUAAGGCCCAAAGUAGUUGUCACUUUGGAUAAAAUUUGCGACCGACUCGAUGUUCCGCUUCCGACCAACGUUGUUCAUGUUCUUCAAUGUUACUCAUCCUUGCUCGAAUCACUUGAUGCUGUAAACGUGAACCUCGACGUACUCCAAAAGAUUGAGAGGCAUUUCAUCCAACCAAACAUCAACAAAAUCGUCCUCGGUCACCACCACCGUUCGCACGAGAAAUUACCUCCGUGGAGGAACAUGUUUCUUCAAUCCGGUUUCUCUCCUUUCACAUUCAGCAACUUCACGGAAGCACAAGCUGAGUGUUUGGUUCAAAGGGCACCUGUGAGAGGAUUUCAAGUGGAAAGAAAGCCUUCAUCUCUUGUUCUAUGCUGGCAGAGGAAAGAACUCAUCUCAAUUUCAACUUGGAGAUGCUGAAGAAUGACUAAUUUAUAAGCUUAAAGGUGAUGAUUGAUUGGUAACUUUAUGUUGAAGUGUUUAUGUAAUUGUUUGUGUAAUUUUUAGGCUUAUUUAUGUGAUCCAUACCCAAAUGUUUUGUUAACAAAAUGGGUUGGUAUCUAUGAUUUCAAAACUCUAUUAUUAGUACUAUGUCUCUCUGAACAUCGGUAGUUGUAGUAAUUAUGUAUGCCUAUGUAACCGUUUCUUUGUUAUCUUGAACACAAUGCGAAUUGCUUAAUAAGAAACAAACAAUUCAGGCAA